UUUGGUUGGUAGGUUGGACAGUGGGCGCUCCAUCCUUGUUGAAUGUUAGCAUUGUCCGUAACAAUUUGUGUGUCUUAUGUUAGAGGAGGAGUAUGUCGAUUUAAACGGAAUAAUCGAACUUUCAGUGAUAUAAGACAAAACCUCUUCAGAUCUCCCGGGACCAAUCGUUCGUUUAUCCGGCUCUGUCAGGUUCUGUGACCUACUUGCUUCCUUCUGCGUAUCACCUCUGUUGGCUUGGUCUAAAGGAAUACUUAACAGACCAAGCACUGGACAGCCGCUUAGUAUUCGACUGUGAGAGUGUGUGUGCCAGUACUCCUGAAGUAUGUCGGUGGCUGCUCUCGUCCGAUUGGCCGGGCCUGGGAUCUCCUCCCACCUCUGUCAGCGGGCUGCCCGGCGCGUCGCACACGCCUUGCGCGAGGACCAGAUUCGGACUCUCCACUGCCCGACUUCUGGCCGGCCCAGUAACUCCCGGUUCGACCCGGACAGCAGCGGCCGUCCCACCACCUGGGAUUCGUUUGGCAUCUGGGACAAUCGCAUCGACGAGCCCAUCCUUCUCCCCCCCAGCAUCCGCUACGGCAAACCCAUCCCGAAAGUGAGCCUCUCUAAGGUGGGCUUCGCCUCCCACAUCGGCCGCCGCAAGGAAAACGAGGAUCGGUACCAGCUCUCGGAGAUGACGGACAACAUCCUCUACUUCGCCGUGUUCGACGGGCACGGCGGGACAGAGGCGGCCGAUUUCUGCCACAAAUACAUGGAGAAGCACAUCAAAGAUGCUGUGGCGAAGGAAGACAACCUCGAGCUGGUUUUAACGCGGGCGUUUCUCGAAGUGGACAAAGCGUUAGCACGACACCUUCACUUCUGCGCAGAUGGCUCGCUACUCAGUGCUGGUACCACUGCCACGGUGGCACUGCUGAGAGAUGGCAUCGAGCUGGUGGUGGGCAGCGUCGGAGACAGCCGCGCCAUGCUGUGCCGCAGGGGCAAAGCCCUCAAACUCACCGUGGACCACACGCCCGAGAGGAAAGACGAAAAAGAGAGGAUCCGUAAGAGCGGUGGGUACGUGACCUGGAACAGCCUGGGUCAGCCGCACGUCAACGGGAGGCUGGCCAUGACCCGCAGCAUCGGAGACUUCGACCUUAAGAACGCCGGAGUCAUUGCAGAACCUGAGACCAAGAGGAUAUCACUCCAUCAUGUUCACGACUCGUUCCUCGCCCUGACCACCGAUGGCAUCAAUUUCAUCAUGAACAGCCAGGAGAUCUGUGACGUCAUUAACCAGUGUAACGACCCCAAAGAAGCAGCACAGCGCAUCUCUGAGCAGGCUCUUCAGUACGGCUCAGAGGACAACAGCACCAUCAUUGUCGUGCCGUUCGGCGCCUGGGGCAAGCAGAAAAGCUCCGACGUGAGUUUCUCCUUCAGUCGCAGCUUCGUCUCCAGCGGCCGCUGGGCCUGAGAGGAAUGACGCGGCAAGACAACGAGCGUGAGAGAACGGAAGAAUGAAAAUCCAACCUGAGCGAGUGUGUUCGUGUGUGUGUGUUCAUGUGUAUGCGUGAGUGUGUGUGC